UUUGAAAUCUAGCCCACAUUUGAAGGUGAAGGCUCAAAAAUGCUCUAGAGAUUGCAUGCUGCUACAACUUCCUAGUGUGUGAAUGAAUGGCUGCAGGUGGCAGGGAUUCGUUAGAGCGGCGUCUCUUCCACCAGGCCUACAUCUCUCCUUUAGCUGUUGUGAGGGACUUUUUUGAGGCUUUGAGUGAGCUGAGGGGAGCAGUCAGAGGACCUGAGAAUGGAAGGUUGCUGACAGUGUGUGAGAAUGUGUCUGUGAUGGGAGAGAAGGUGGUCUCGUGUCUGGAGCAGCAGAUGAGGUCUCACAACAGAGCCACUGAGACAACUCAGGAGAUAUCGGGAGCUUUCAGGAUUGGAUUGCAGAAGGUCAUGCAGCUGAGGCAAGAGGCAGACAACCUCAAAAAGAUGGUCAGAGAUCUCAAGCUGGCUGAUGAAGGUCUGGAUGCCAGGGACACCCCCAUGCACCAGUCCCCUAGGCAGAACCAUACCCACCAAGGCUUUGUCACCAUGGAUACUCAGAACGACCCACUGCCCAGAGCUGUUUCACUAGAGAGUUUCCGUAAGCACAUGGACGCCACCCUUAGUAGCAGGAAGUCCACCAAGUCCACCGAUAGCAACUUUGGAGGCUCUCUACGCAAGACAAAGUCAGACAGUGAUGUAGCCAUGAUAACACUCAAGAAGAAAGUGGAGGGCCUCUCGCUGGACAACACUCGACUGAGAGUCAGUGAGAAGAAGCUGCUUAAAGACAACAUUAAGCUGGGUCGAACCAACAAGACUCUAGAACAAGAAAGGGACAGGGCUGAGGACAGACUCAAGAUUGAGCAGACACAGAGAGACUCGGUCGAGAAGCUGAGACAGAGAAACAAAGAACUGGAAGAUCAACUCAGGAAGCUCUGUGAAUCACAAGUGAUUCGUGAGAGAGGUGGGAAUGUUUUCUCAAGCUCGGGAGGUCUGGACCCACAUGCUCAUGAUGAAAAGCCGGAGGAGGACAGUUAAUACACAGAACUACCCUACCUCUAGUCUAACUCUAAUAGAUACUGCUAGUUUAUUAUUAUUUUGUCAGCGAAUUUGUUUUUCUUGUGUGAUUCCCCCCCUCAGUAUCAAUUUUCAUUUAUUAUAGUGCGUGUGCUUUUAAUUCUCUGAUCACGUUCUGUUCAAGUA